AUGCCCUCUUCUUCUUCUUCUUCUUCGGGCGACCUUCUCUCAGCAGCAAGGCGAGUGAGAACGUUCGGCCAACUGAAGCAGCUCCACGCUCAGGCCCUGCAGCACGCCUUCCAUGGCCAGCCCAACCAGUGGCUCACCCACCUGCUCGCGCACUGCGCCCGCCUCCGCGCUCCGCGGUCCUACGCCCGCCGCCUGUUCGACGCCGCGCGAAGCCCCGAUGCGCGUGCCUUCACCUCCAUGCUCAGAUUCUACUCACUCCUCGGCGCUCGCAGCGAAGUCCUCUCCCUCGUCUCCCGCAUGCUCCGGCACGGCCUCCCCCCCGACGCCUUCGUCUUCCCCAUCCUCGUCAAGAACUCCGCCAGCGGCGCCCUCGAGCCCCUCCACGGCCGCGUCCUCCGUCUCGGCCACUGCGCCGACCCGUACAUUCGCAAUGCUAUCAUGGACGCCUACGCCAAGCGCGGCGCCCCCGCGAAUGCCCGGAAGGUGUUCGAGGAAGCGCCCCAGAUAACCGCUGCCGACUGGAACGCAAUGGUCUCGGGGUACUGGCACUGCGGCGACGAAGCGGAGGCCCGCAGGAUGUUCGACGCCAUGCCGGCGAAGAACGUCGUCUCCUGGACCGCCAUGGUCACCGGGUACUGCAAGAUCGGCGAGCCGGAGAAGGCGAGGGUGGUGUUCGAUGCCAUGCCGGAGAGGACCGUCGUGUCGUGGAAUGCCAUGCUCUCUGGCUACGCCCAGAACGGGCUCGCAGAAGCCGCCCUAAAGUUGUUCACUGAGAUGGUGGAUGGAGAAGUUCACCCCGACGAGACCACCUGGGUCACCGUCGUCUCUGCGUGCUCAUCCAGAAGGGACCUGCGCAUGGCAGAGUCUCUGGUCGCCGCCCUCGAGGAGAGGGGGAUGAUAAGCGAGAACCCUUUCCUCAAGACGGCACUGCUCGACAUGUACGCCAAGUGCGGCGCUCUCUGUAAGGCUAGGGAGAUCUUCGAUGCCAUGGGGAGGAGCAGGAACUCGGUCUCCUGGAACGCGAUGAUCUCCGGGUACUGCAGAGAGGGAGAUCUCGCCAUCGCCCGGCAACUGUUCGACGAAAUGCCCCGCAGGAACGUAAUCUCCUGGAACUCUAUGAUCUCCGGAUACGUGCAGAACGGGCAGUGGGGGAGCGCCCUCGAACUCUUCAACGCCAUGGAGGAGGAAGUGAAGCCGGACGAUGUCACCAUGGCCUCCGUCCUAUCCGCCUGCGGGCACCUGGGGGCCCUUGGGACCGGCCGGCGGGCCGCGGAGAUCAUCUCCAGGGAGAAGAUCAGGCUGGGCCUUUCAGGCCACAACGCGUUGGUUUUCAUGCACUCGCGGUGUGGGAGCGUGGCGGAGGCCAGGAGGGUCUUCCAGGAGAUGCCCACCAGGGACGUCGUCUCCUACAAUUCUCUCAUCACCGGCCUCGCCGCCCACGGCCACGGCGGCGAAGCGGUGGCGCUGUUGCGGAGGAUGAAGGAAGAAGGGGUCGACCCGGACAGGAUCACCUUCCUCGGGAUCCUGACGGCCUGCAGCCACGGCGGGUUGGCGGCGCAGGGCCGGGAGGUGUUCUCCGCCAUCGGGAGCCCCACCGUCGACCACUACGCCUGCAUGGUAGACCUCCUCGGCCGUGCCGGGGAGCUGGACGCGGCGGCGAAGCUGGUGGCGGAGAUGCCGGUGGCGCCGCAUGCCGGUGUAUACGGCGCGCUGCUGCACGCAAGCAGGAUCCACCGGCGGGUCGAUCUCGGGGAACUCGCCGCCGAGAAGCUGUUCGCCCUCGAGCCGGAGAACGCCGGCAACUAUGUGCUGCUCGCCAACAUCUACGCCGCCGCCCGCCGGUGGGAGGACGUGGAGAAGGUGAGGGAGGCGAUGCAGCGUAGCGGGGUGAGGAAGACGACAGCCUGCAGCUGGGUGGAGCUCCGCGGGGAGAUCCACCGCUUCACCGCCGGCGACCAGUCCCACCCCCAAAGGGAGGAGAUCUACCGGGUGCUGCAGGAGUACGGGGAGAAGAUGAGGGCGAUGGGGUACGCCAUUGAUAGAAGCUGGUCACUGAAGGAGGUGGAGGAGGAGGAAGAAGAAGGGAUGGUGGGGACUCACAGUGAGAGGUUGGCCGUCGGGUUCGUCCUCCUCGCCGGCGCGCCGAGGGAGGCGAUCAGGGUGGUGAAGAACCUCAGGAUCUGCGGCGACUGCCAUCUCGCCAUCAAGAUGAUCUCGAAGAUCUCCGGCAGGGAUAUCGUCGUCAGAGACACCAACAGGUUCCACUGCUUCAGAGACGGCGGCUGCUCCUGCGGAGACUACUGGUGA